AUGUACGCCGACGCCAACUCCGCUGGCGCAUAUUUCGAGGGCUACGACGACCCAGGUGAUGGGUACGUGGACGAGGACGAGGAGGAGGUGCCGAUCGCUGAACGCGAGCUCGCUGACGACGCCGAGUGGAAGUUGAUCCAGAAGAACACCUUCACGCGAUGGGCCAAUGAGCACCUCAAGACCAAGGGCACCUCCGUUGACGACAUCCAAUUCGACUUCGCCGAUGGUCUUCGACUAAUCGACCUUAUCGAGUCGCUUUCGGGGCAGAAAUUUCGCCAUGUCAAUAGGAAGCCGAGCUUUCGCACGCAGAAACUCGAGAACGUGACCAUGGUGUUGCGUUUCCUUGAAGAGCAGGAAGGCCUUCGAUUGGUUAACAUUGACAGCACCGACAUUGUGGACUGCCGCACAAAAUUGAUUCUCGGUCUCAUUUGGACCCUCAUUCUGCACUACUCCAUCACGCUGCCCUUGUGGGAAGGCGAAGAUUAUAAUCAGGGCAGCACAGGGCCUACGCCGAAGCAGCGUCUCCUGUCCUGGCUCAACUCCAAGCUGAUGGAACGUCCAGUGAAGAACUUCACCACGGACUGGAACGACGGCACCGCGAUCGGCGCCCUCGUGGACGCCUGCGCUCCCGGCCUGUGCCCCGACUGGCGCGAAUGGGAACCAAAGCAGAAGCUGCGCAACGCCACCGAGGCCAUGCGAGCCGCAGAACAGUGGCUGGAAGUGCCUCAGCUCAUCCACCCUGAGGAGAUGAUCAAUCCGCGGGUCGACGAGAAGGCCAUGAUGACGUAUCUCAGCCAGUUCCCCAGCGCCAAGCUCAAAGACGGGGCGCCCCUCCGACCUCGUGCUAAUCCUGCCAGUGUUCGAGCCUAUGGCCCUGGUGGAUUCCAGUACCUCAUCGAAGUAAGCCUCGAUCACGCAGAUUUGGCCGAGACUGCCAACAAACUCUGGCAAGAUAGGCACGGUGACGCGGCGACUAGGCCUGCGACGUGGUCUUUUCGAGGUCUGGCGGUGUGUGCGUGCUUUUCAAGACAGCGUUUUGCCUGUCUUCUUCUCCUCCUUGGCCCGAGGUCACCCUGUCCACGAACACAGUUCAGGCUGUUCACGGAGACCCACGCGGACGUCGAUUGUGACGUGCCGGAGGAUCAUUUUGCUGCUGAUAGUUUGGAACCGAAGGGUAACAAAGUUGGCAUGCCGGCUCGUUUCACCAUUGAUGCUUCCAGCGCUGGCAAGGGUUCCGUCGAGGUGAUUGUCCUCAACCCCAAGGGACAGCGAGAACCGUGCGACAUCGUGCCGAACACGGAUCGGCCCAAUACGUACUCCUGUGCCUACGUGCCAACACAAGCUGGCGAGUAUCGUGUGAUCAUUAAGUUCGCCACGAAGGAGAUCAUGAAUUCACCGUUCAAGGUGAUGGUGGAGGGAGCGGCUGACCCAAGCAAGGUAACCGCCUCCGGUCCUGGCAUCGAACCUCAAGGAAAUCAGGUCGGUCGAAGGACCUUCUUCAACAUCUUUACUGCAGGGGCCGGUGAAGGAGUUGCUGAUUGCGUAAUAUUGGACCCACAAGGACGCCAGGAUGUGAUCAAGCCGAACAUAACUCGUCAAAGUGAGGACAACUACCUGGUUGAGUACACGCCGAGGAUGGAAGGCCUUCACUCGGUCAAUGUCUUCUUUGCCGGCCAACAGAUUCCAAAUUCACCAUUUGGAGUAAUGGUGGGACCACAGGUUAAAUCACUUCCAAGGCAGACUUCUCUACCUAAGGGCGCCGGCUUGCAAGGCGUUUCCCCCGAGGCCAAGAUUGCCCAAGUCGAGCGGUGCACAGUCGUGUCGGAAAGUAACACCUUCUACUUCCGUUUGCUAGACCUUAAAAACCUCUUUGGUCGCAAUCGCCCCACCGAUGUCGGUGUUCGUGUGGCACCAGUUCGAGCUGGCUUAGGUCCAGUUUGUACACGUCAUUCUGCGAUCGACCAGUUGGUCAAGCACGAAGCUACUUCGAUGGAACAGCCAGCCAAACCGGACCUACCACAGCUGUCGAAAUUGGCACAAACACAUCUUAAUAACGACGCAACUCCGAAAUCUGAGCUUUGCCUCGGUCGACUGAAUCAAGCAUGUAGCUUACUUCUCUUACGACAGUUUAUCUCGGUGAUCCGUGCUUCUGAUUGGUUUCGGGCACACGAAACGAUUUCUGCGGUCAAAUUUCUGUUUUACCACUGGAAACGCUUUGUUGUAGAAGCGCCAAUUGAACAGGGUGGUUCAAAACCACUCAACGCCAAUCGAAUCCCGGCCUUGAAGUCAGAUCAGCCCAUUAGCCCGAUCAAGCGGCCGGACAACCAGAGCUACGCACCACCCAGACCAGCUUGUGACGCGAAACAGGCCUACGCCACCGGUCGCGGUAUCCAACCCCAGGGCGUGCGAGUCCGCGACCUGGCCGACUUCAAAGUGCACACGGAGGAGGCCGGAGAGGGGGUCCUGGAGGCGACGGUUGUUGGACCCACCGGACGAGAGGAGAAAUGUCAGCAACGAAAGAUCGGACCGUACACCUACGAAUGCGUCUACACGCCACAGCAGCCUGGACCUCACACCGUGAAUGUCCGUUACGGCGGAGAUCAUAUCAUGCUGAGUCCAUUCAAGGUUGAUGUUGGACCCUAUAAGGAGACGAGGAUCAGGGCAUUUGGACCCGGUCUAGUUGGUGGGAUUGUCAACAAGCCCGCCGUCUUCGUUGUCGAAACAAACGGCGAGACAGGAGCUCUUGGGUUUUCGAUCGAGGGACCUAGUGAAGCGCGCAUAGACUGCGCCGACAACGGCGACGGUUCAGCGACGGUCGUCUACUGGCCGACAGUGCCAGGUGAAUACGCGGUCCAUAUACUGUGCAACGAGGAGAACAUUCCCAAGUCACCCUACAUGGUUCCUAUUCAGGCGGACAGCGGAAAAUGCGAUCCCAACGCGGUAAAAUGCUAUGGACCGGGGCUGUCUCCUGGCGUAGUAGCGGGCAUUCCGACGGAAUUCACCAUCGACGCACGCGACGCUGGUGGUCCAGCGCCGUUCGCCUGUGAACUGCGCGACGAGGCUGGCGAGCCGGUGCCAAUUCGAGUGCGAGACAACGGCGAUCUCACUGCCACCUGCUCGUACACCGCGAAGCGGCCUGUCAAGCACACCGUCAUUCCCACGUACAACGGUGUCGCAGUGCCCCGGGCUCCAUUCAGGGUCGAUGUGGCCGAGCCCUGCAACCCGGGGAACGUGCGUGUCUACGGACCGGGUGUGGAGUCGAUCACGCGCAACGAACCCACCUACUUCAUCGUCGACUGCAAGCAGGCCGGUCCAGGCACCGUGAGGGACGAGGCGGGACGCGAUGUUCCCAUGGACACCAAGGACAUGCGCGAUGGCACCUUCAAGGUCGCCUACACGCCAAUGACUGCUGGACCUACCUACACCGUCCAGGUGUACUUCGAGAACACCGAAGUUCCACGCAGUCCCUUCAAGGUGCCUGUCAAGCCGAAUGUUGACAUGAGCAAGGUUCACGUUGACGGACUGCCCUCAACAAUACCCGUUGGCAAGCCAACGACCUUUGAUGUUGUGACCGCUGGAGCCGGUCCACCUAGCUCACCGAAACCGCGUCCCAAUGUCAUUGUGAAGGCACCCAAUGGCAUGCGUGUGCCCAGUCAACUCACAGAAACGCCAGACGGCUACGAGGCGACCUUCACACCGACGAUGCCUGGUCCGCACCAGGUUGCUGUCGAUGUGGCUGGCGCGCCAGUCAGAGGCAGCCCGUUCCCCUGCAACGCCGUUCCAAUCCAGGACGCACCGAUCGCUGCCGUCAAAAAACCCGCCACAUUUGCCGCCCAACAAGAUCCUUCUGGUCUGGUGCAUGCCUACGGCGAUGGACUGCGGAAGGCCACUGCCAACGUACCUGCACACUUCACCAUCGAUAGCCGUGAAGCACCGCCAGCUCCAUUGUCGGUGACCAUUGAAGGACCUGCUGAGGCACAGAUAAACUACACAGACAACGGUGAUGGAACAUGCGGAGUGGACUACCUGCCAGUCGAACCUGGACCCUACACCGUGAAUGUGCUCUACAAAGACAAGCACGUCCCGGGCAGUCCGUUCCCCGUGCAGGUCUCACCAGCAGGUCGUGACUUGCUGGAUGUUUCGAAGGUUCGAGCCUAUGGACCUGGACUUCAACCGACGGGUGUUUUCAAGGAGUCGUUUGCCAAGUUCACCGUAGACGCCAAACUAAUCGAUCCAGCUGGUCGCGGUGUCGUGAAGGCGAUUGUCGUUGAUCCCACGAAGCAGAGAACGGCGUGCAUUGUGCAGAAUCAGGGCGACGGAACGUACAAGUGCAGUUACUCGCCUCUCCUUGAUGGCCUGCACCAGGUGGAGGUGUACUACGAUGGAAUGCCAGUCCCUGGCAGUGCCUUUAAGGUGCACGUCACGCCGGGUUGUGACCCUUCACGGGUACGCGCCUUCGGCCCAGGUCUGGAAGGAGGCUUCACCCACGAGCCGCAGCCCUUCACCAUCGAUCUGGAUGGUGCUGGUCAAGGCGGCCUUGGAUUGGCUCUUGAGGGGCCCGCCGAUGCCCAGAUAAACUGUGUGGACAACAAAGACGGCACCUGCUCCGUGGAGUACCUGCCCACCAAGGCCGGCAACUACGACUUGUUCAUCAAACUCAACGAUAUGGAUAUUCCUGGCAGUCCAUUCAAUAUCCCGAUUCGCGAUCGAAUCGAUCCAAACAAAGUGCGAUGCUAUGGUCCGGGUCUCGAACCGAACGGCGCGCGUGCUGGAGUUCCUGCAACCUUCACUGUCGACGCCAGUCAAGCCGGAGAAGCUCCCAUCACAGUGACUCACACGGACCGCAACGGCCGCAAGAUCCCCGACAACGUGGUGCCCCGACUGAACCAAGCUGGCGUCUACGACGUAACCUACGUCCCGGACGACGACGGACCGUGUCAAAUCGAUGUGCGACUCAACAACACUCCAGUGCCACGAUCGCCGUUCGUGCAGAACGUGCUGCCGGCCUGCGAGCCGCACAAGGUUCGUGUCACUGGUGAGGGUGUGCGUCCGAGUCGGCCCGAUGGACUGCCCGCUGGCCAACCCACCAACUUCCAGGUGGACACACGUGAAGCCGGAUCAGGCGACCUUGAACUGACGGUCACGGUGAGUUCAGGAUCACCGCGAGUGGCGGACUCUCAGCAGAGACCACUCCAACUGGAGGUGGCUGACCACGGCGACGGCGUGUACUCGUGCCAAUACCAGCCUGAGGAGGCCUGUCCGCACUACGUUGACGUCAAGUUCGGCGGUCGUGGCAUUCCCGAGAGUCCGUACUGCGUGAAGGUUCACCCAACUGGACGUCCAAACAUGUGUCGUAUUGAAGGUGGCAACGAUCCUCGAAUACCGAUCUUCCAGCCAUGCGCGAUCACCGUGAACCCCAUCGAAGCGGGUCAGGGCCGUGUCAUUGGCCGGGUCAUUGCGCCAACUGGCCAACCAGCAGACGUCCACACCGUUGAACUUCCCAACGGCAAGGUCAACGUCUGCUACACACCACAGAUGCCCGGCGAUCAUAUGGUCGAAAUCCUCUUUGGUGGACAACUGGUGCAAGGCGGUCGAUUCAACCAAAAGGCGGUGAACCUCGAUGAACUCAUUCAACCAGUUCCCGAGGAACGAGUUGAACGCGUGCCCAUUCAAACAAUGCAUUCAACCACACUAACGCAAUACCACGAGUCAGUCAAGGACACCGGCUACUACCCGAUCGAUUUUAAGCUGCCCGUCGGCUCCAAAUUUGGAAAUCUCGAAGGCAUUGUUCGCACUCCAGGCGGGAGGACAAUUCGUCCGACGCUGUUGGACAACGGCGACGGGACAGUGACGGCCCAAUUCCAGCCGAAUGAGGCCGGGCUGCAUGAGUUGGACAUCACUUACAACGGUGUCCCCAUCGAAGGCAGUCCCUUCCGCUUCUACGUGGAGCCUGUCGGUUCAGGGCGUGUGACUGCCUACGGACCGGGUCUGAGCCAUGGUCGUGCUGGCGAACCGGCCGAAUUCACCCUAGUCACACGUGAAGCUGGCGCGGGUGGUUUAUCGAUUGCUGUGGAGGGACCUUCGAAAGCGGAGAUCGUCUGUCGAGACAACAAGAAUGGAACAUGCUCUGCGAGCUACCUCCCGCUGGCGCCUGGUGAAUACACCAUCUCCAUUAAGUUCAUGGAUCAGCACAUUCAAGGAUCACCAUUCAUCGCCAACAUUAUGGAAGAUCCACUUCGCAUGACUCAAGUGAUGGUUGGCACCACGAGCGAGGUUCCGCUGAGGAUAUCAGAGACCGACAUUUACAACCUCACCGCUACCGUCACCAAUCCGUCUGGCAUCGAACAGCCCUCAAUGAUCAAACGCCUGCCCAACGGACAUCUAGGCAUCUCGUUCACGCCGCGCGAGAUCGGUGAUCAUUUGGUGAACGUGUACCGCAACGGACGCCCCAUACCGAACAGCCCCUUCAAGAUAUUCGUCGGCGAAUCAGAGCUCGGCAAUGCUUCGCGUGUGCGUGUCUACGGUCGUGGCCUUCACGAGGGAACAGCCAAUCAGAAUUGCCAGUUCACUGUCGAUACUAGUGACGCUGGUUUUGGAGGCCUUAGUCUAUCGAUUGAGGGUCCAAGCAAGGCGGACAUCGAAUGUCACGACAACCAAGACGGCACAUGCCUAGUUACCUACCGUCCAACCGAACCCGGCACCUACAUCAUCAAUGUCAAAUACGCCGACGAGAAUGUGCCUGGCAGUCCCUUCGCCGUGAACAUCGGCGGGCACCCUUCGGCUCGGGUCAUGGAGCGAAUCACGCGUCAACGCGAGGUCGCCGAGGCAACCCAAGUUGGUAGCCAAUGCGAACUCAACCUCAAAAUCCCUGGUGUGAACGUGCGCGAGAUGAGCGCAGUGGUCACCAGUCCGUCAGGACACACAGAGAAAUGCAUGGUGUCGGAACUGGACCACGCGAACUAUUGCAUUCGCUUUGUGCCGCAGGAGACAGGCGUGCACACCGUCUCCGUGCGCCAUCGAAACCUCCACAUACCUGGAAGCCCGUUCCAGUUUACCGUCGGACCAAUCACCGAUGGCGGCGCUAACAAAGUGCGCGUCCUUGGCCAAGGCAUUCAAAGAGGCUACGCCAAUUGCAACAACGAAUUCAGCAUCUACACCCGCGAGGCCGGUGCUGGCAACCUCUCCAUCGCCAUUGAAGGACCAAGCAAGGCUGAAAUCGACUUUGAGGAUCGAAAAGAUGGAUCCUGUGUUGUCUCCUUCCGAGUCUCCGAGCCCGGAGAAUACUUCUGCUCCAUUCGCUUCAACGACGAGCACGUUCAAGGCUCGCCGUUUCGUCUGGACAUCGAAGACACCGGGGGCUACUACGCCAGCGAACAUCGUCAGCUCAGCGUUGCUGCAGUCCAGGACAGAGGACUCCAAAUCGGUGUACCGAUGGCUUUCACCGUGAACUACACGGGUGUGCGUGGACGUCUUCGAGCCUACGUAGUUACACCGUCAGGUAAGGAGGAGCCCGCAGUUGUACUUCCCGUCGACAUCGACCAGCACGCGGUCCGCUUCACGCCGCAGGAGAACGGACCGCACCUAGUGCAUGUGCUGCUCGACGACCGGCCAAUCCCGGGCAGUCCGUUCCGUGUGUUGGUGGGGCAGGAGGACUUCUGCGAGCCGGGUCUUGUCAGGGCCAAUGGAGACGGUCUCAAUCGCGGUGUCGUCGGUACGCCAAAAAUUCACCCAUAUGGCAAAAACUCGAUUUGGGCACUGCCAGAUUUCAUUGGAUUACCGCAAAAAAAUGGCAGCUAUUGGCACGCAUUGCUGUCCGCAGUAGAACUCCUAGAAGGAGGCUUCAAUAAUUGCCCAAACCCCCAGUCAAUCGUCGCGUCGGGUGCCGGCCUCACGAGCGGCGCUGUUGGUGAACGCAGUCGCUUCUUCGUGAACACCGCCAACGCCGGCAGUGGGUCGCUCUCAGUGACGGUGGAUGGCCCGAGCAAGGUGCAACUCAACUGCAACGAGCGUCUGGACGGCUACGAGUUCAGCUACACGCCCUACGCACCUGGUCAGUACAACAUCAGCGUCACCUACGAUGGCCAACACAUCCACCACUCCCCCUUCAGGGCCUACGUUACAGGUGACCCUGUGUACGGCUACACAGAGGACACUGCCCAGCUCAUCGUGAACACGAACGGUCGCAUGGUCACGGGACCACAGCGAUCCAUGGGCUACUCACGCGCGGAUGCCGUCACCUGCUCCGGCAGCGGUCUCACCCACGCCUACAUCGGCUCUGCCAACACCUUCACCGUCAACGCCCAGAAUGCCGGCAACGACGUACUGUACGUGGGUGUUUCCGGACCCAGGGUGCCUUGUGAGGAGGUGAAUAUCAAGCACGUCGGCGACAACCUCUUCAACGUGCAGUACUCGGUUCGCGAUCGUGGCCGUCACUACAUCAUGGUGAAGUGGGGAGAAACCCACAUUCCAGGCAGUCCCUUCAUCGUGGACGUCUUGUAA